GGUGGGGGUCGGGAGGGGCGGGGGGGCCCGGACUGCAACACCUGGGAGAACCUCACCCCCAGCCCCGUGUGCAUAUGAGGAAAUGGGCCUGGGGAGGUGACUUGCCCGCAUCGUGGACGUUGCGGUGCGGGAGCGAGAGGGAAGCUGGGCCCCUGGCUUCGGCCUCCGCGGCGCUCGGUGGACAGAGGCCGGGGGCCCUGGGUUUGCGUCUUGCCCGGGACAGCUUCCCCCCACCCCCCUCGCGGAGCCUCCUUUGCUCCCGCCUGCUCUGCAGAUGCGCACCCAGGACAGGCUCGGUGGAGCUUGUCGGGACCUUGGUCCGUGUGAAAGGAAAGGGCAUCACUGACUCAACACCUUCCGUGAAGAGUUUGUGCAACUCAAGUGCAAAAUGAGCAGAAAUUGUCAGCAUAUUAGCUGGCAAGUCAUGCUGCCAUGUAGGGUUAUGGGUUGAAUUGGGGGGCGUGGCAUUUCUGCGUCCAAAUCUAUGACAGUCCAGGCAAAAUAGCAAAAGCAGAGCCCGGCAAAGGCAGCCCUCUUCCCCCCCCCACCCCCCGUAAUAUUAGUCCAGAGCAUAUAACAUCGAGUCCCUUCUGACUGCUGGGCUGGCUCCCAGACCCUUGACAUUCAGGGCCCAACACACCGCUGGUCAUAAAAUUGGUGUUAUCUCCCCCAUGUGAUGGACAAGGAAACCGAGACCCGGAAAUGAUGCUUUCCCCAAGGCCACCUACUCUGGGUCACACAGAUUUGUCCAACACCCACGCCCGGGCCCUGGCCCGUUUAUCAGCAGGGGCUGAGCUGUGGGUUCAACCCACCUCCGCUAACAGCGUGAAGGAACAUCACUGGCCAAGACCAGAAGGACCGAAUAGGUGUGGGAGGCUCAAAAUGGAGUCGCGGAGGUGACAGCGCCAGAGCGAGCCCUCGCCCGGCAGCAGGUCGGAGGGGGUGGGCCAUGGGGCUCAGCGGCUGGACUGGUUCUCCUUCCCUCCGCCAGGUGGGCAGCACGCCUGAAGGCCAGAGCCGUGACCUCUGCCUCUCCCCCAGCGGGGCCAGUGACAUCGCAAGGACGACGUGGGGGCUUGGGCGUGCUCGGGGGAGCCUUCCCGGGGACAUGGAGCUUUGGGGUGGGAUGCUGUGGGCCCUCCUGUCUGGCCCCGGAAGGCGGGGAGGCACUCGGGGCCGGGCCUUCAGUUCCUGGCGACCCCACCGGCCUCAGGCUGGGUUGAGUGCCACAGAGCUGGUCAGCCAGUGGACGGCGGUCUUUGAGAAGAGGGGCAUCCCCGAGGCCCGGGAAUCCAGUGAGUACAUCGUGGCUCAUGUCCUUGGAGCCCAAACAUUUCAGAGCCUGAGGCCGGGACUUCGGUCGAAGCCCCUGACCCCCUGGCAGCUACAGUGCGUCCAGGAGCUGAGUAGCCGCAGACUGCAAAGGAUGCCUGUGCAGUACAUCCUUGGCGAGUGGGACUUUUGCGGCCUCAAUCUGAAGAUGGCACCCCCAGUGUUCAUCCCUCGGCCUGAGACGGAGGAGCUGGUCGAGUGGGUGCUGGAGGAGGUGGCCCAGAAGUCCCGUGCGGUGGGAGCCCAAGGCGGCCCCCUCAUCCUGGAGGUGGGCUGUGGGUCGGGAGCCAUCUCCCUCAGCCUGCUGAGCCAGCUGCCCCAGAGCCGAGUCAUUGCUGUGGAUAAGGCAGGAGCCGCCAUCUCCCUGGCCCGAGAGAACGCUCAGAGGCUUCAGCUGCAGGACAGGAUCCGGAUCGCGCCCCUCGAUGUGACCUUAGAGGGCAACUGGGCACACCUUCUGCCCUGGGGCCCCAUGGACCUGCUCGUCAGCAACCCUCCCUACGUCUUCCACCAGGACAUGGAGCAGCUGGCCCCUGAGAUCCGCAGCUACGAAGACCCCGCAGCCCUGGAUGGCGGGGAGAAGGGCAUGGACGUCAUCGUGCACCUCCUGGCCCUGGCCCCUCGGCUCCUGAAGGACUCCGGAAGCCUCUUCUUAGAAGUGGACCCCAGACACCCAGAGCUGGUCAGCAGCUGGCUUCAGAGCCGGCCGGGCCUGUCCCUCGAGCUCGUGGCUGUGCGCAAGGACUUCUGCGGGAGGCCCCGGUUCCUGCAUAUCCAGAGGUCUGGGCCGCACGGUGGCUGCCCUGUGGACACCUGGCCAGCGCCCCAGCCUGCCGGAGUGCCCGGAUGACACUUCCUCCUGGACUGCUCCUGGGAGAGGUGGGCGCCUUCCAGAGCUGGUGCUGGCGCAUUUCCACGGCUCUGGGUGCCCUGCUCUCCAUUUUAGGAGACUUGGGGCAAAAGGAAGGGCAGGGGUGUCCUUCCUGCUUCCCGGGGCAGCAAAGAGCAAGGGCACCCCCAGUCCAGCUCUGGAGCUGAGGGACCCAGGUGCCCAGUCUGGCUCCGUCCCACCGGCAGGGCCAGUGCAGCUGCUUAGCGUCUCUGGUGGGACAGCUCGGGAGCGGGGAGAGCUGGCCAAUAAAGUGUCAAGGGCGGACAUGGUG